AUGGAGCCCCAGGUGCCAGGACGGAUGCCCAGGGCUGGACUCCUGCUGCUGCCACUUCUCCUCUGCUUCGGGCCAGAGACUGUCGGGAGCAUCAACCCGGCUGCGCUCAAAAAAAUCGUGGAUCACGUGAACAAUAACGGCGGAGUUAACAAGCAAUACGCCUUCGCCACCGCACUGCCCCAUGCCACCUGCAGCAACCCCCAGGAUGUGGCCACCUACCUGCCCAUGGCCCAGCUCGCAGACAUGAGAAGGAAGAUUGGCCCGUUUGGUGCCCUGUACAACCCGCCCAACGGGAACAUCGUGGCUGCUCGGCCAAAGACAGUGAUUACACCGCGUGGGAAUUACACGGAGCACAGCGAGUGGCGCCUGCUCUCCGGCCCAAACAGCCUUGUGGCCCAGCUCACGGCCAGGACCUACGGCCAGAACAGCUGCUUGAUCUUAUUUACCUUCAAUUCACCCUGCUCCAGCAAGUGUCUGCGCGAGGCCGGGCGCUCCAACAUCGUGAACAUGACCAGCGCUGCCUUCUUGGCCAUCAACAACAACUUCAAGGCCUUCGUGUUCCAGAAGAUCUUCGACUACGACAUGAAGCCUGAAGUGACCCGCCAGGCCCUGCUGCAGGCCUGGCACCGCUGCGCCACGUGCCCCUGCUGCGCUGCGACAACAACGGCUGCCAGGACUGUGCUCCGGUGGACCCCCGAAACAACCCCUGCCUGGCUGGGAAGGCGUAGACAAUGGAGCGGAGCCAGGAACCACGUGCGGCUCUUUGUGCCACUGGCCUCCCUCGCUGCCCAUGCGCUUCUGCAUCGCUAA